AUGGCACCGGAAUCCAGACAUCUGGCACCAUCGUUUCGACUGCUGACUGGUGCAUCCUUCAACCUCAGAGGGAACGACAGUCCAGUCACCGAUUGUGUAACCGCCGGUACCGGUGAGCUUGCCACUAGUGACGAGACCUCCGUAAUUUGUGGUGCCAGGAGCGAAGUUGUACUGAUAGAAGUCGGCACCACCAGUGGAGAUCCAAUACUGGCCGUUCUCGUCGAUGUCGCCCGAGUUGAACAGGCCGGUUGUGAGCUUGCUGACCGUAGCGACAUACGUACCCGUGCCGUUGGCCAGGAUGCGAAUGAUCUUGAAGUCGAGGAAGUGCUUGUGCUACUGCUGCUCGAGCUGGAAGAGCUGCUUGUUGAAGUGGUUGUGCGGGAUGAAGAUGAAGUCGAGCUUGAGCUUGAACUUGAGCUGAAAGUCGAGCUUGAAGACGAUGUCGACGUCGUACUAGUCCGUGAGGAGGAGGAUGAGCUCAGCACAGUGGACGAUGAAGUCGAGCCAAGUGUGCUUGUCGUGGUUGCCGAUGUGGAUGUGCUGCUUGGGCUCGAGCUAGUUGACGCCAGCGUGUUUGCCUGGACACUGACGCUGCUGGACGUAGGUGAAGUCGUCGAAGAAGACGACGAUCUUGUCAAGGUCGAGAACGUGGAGGCGCUCGACGAACCCAGCAAUGUGUUGAGCGCAGCGCUGGCGGAGGAGCUUGAAGAGGAGCUCGAGGAAGAGCUUAUAGACGAUGUAGAAGAUGACGAGGUUACGGUUGUGCUCGAGGAAGAGCUACCAGAGCUCGAAGGGAGUGAAGACGACGUUGAUAUCCUCGUGGUUGAUGUUGAUGAACUUGUAGUUGACGCCAAGCUCGCGGCGUUGACAGUGACACUCGAGGAUGAGGUGCUUGAAGGGAUGCUGCUCGAGCUAUUACUACUACUCGUGGAAGAACUGCUACUCGUCACGCUAUUGCUGCUGCUGCCUGUACUACUUGUUGUGGGAACCAGAGCCGCGGGGUUGAUUGUGACACUUGUAGAUGAAUACGCAGAGGUACGGGAUAUACUGCUGGUAGUGAAAAUACUGGCAGUAGAGCUGGUGGCAGAACUGCUAGUAGUGGCACUGCUGGAUGUGGAAAGCAGGCUUGCUUGGUUCGCCGUGGGUGAAGCAGUAGAGCUACUCGGAGAACCACUCGAAGAGCUGCUUGAAGUGCUACUCAGAGAUGUCGUGCUGAAUAUCGAGCUUCUGGUCGUCGAGGUGCUUGUCGAGGUGCUCGUUAUGGAGCUUAUUGUAGAUAACAGGGUGGCUGCGUUGACCGUCACACUCGAAGAAGUGGGAGACGAGCUGAGAGCAGAGCCACUAGAUGAUGGGGUGGUAGUAGUGCCACUGCUAGUGGAUACCGAGAUCGAAGAGCUGGCAGAGGUGGGAGAUGUUGAGCUGGUGGAUGAGCUACUGCUUGUAGACGCACUGCUAGUAGUGGACACCAAUGAGGCCGCUUCAACUGUCGGGCUUGAAGAAGACGAAGUGCCUGUUGAUAAGCUGCUCGAGAACCUGCUCGUAUCCGUAGAAGGGAUGUUGCUGUUAGGAGCUGAGCUUAAGAAGCUUGCUGUGGCACUUGACGACGAGCUGAUGACGGAAACACUGCUCGUCAGAGUCCCAAUAGUGGAGGUGGAUAUCAAAGUAGCCGCGUUAAAUGUCGGACUCGAUAAAGUAGACGAGGACAAUGUAGUUCCUACAGAAGAGCUACUCGUUGCACUUGGUGAGGAGCUUGUUGUUGCCCUGGAAGAUGAAGAUGAGACUGUUGAAAGACUGCUCGUAGAAGCGCUGCUGGUCGUUGACAGGAGCGUGGCUGCAUUGACUGUUGGGCUUGAUGAAGAAGACAAAGAAGGAGAAGAAGACGUGCCAGGGAGACUACUAGUCGUAAUUGUAGUACUGCUAGUAGGGUUAACUGUAGAUGAGCUUGCCGACGAGCUGGAAGAGGGUGAAGAGCUGACUGCGGAGCUGCUCGAAGGUGCCGCUGUUGAACUGGUGCUCGGUGACAGUAACGUAGCUGGAUUGACUGUUGCGCUGAUGGAGGAAGUAGUACUGGGGACCGUACUACUGAAAGUGGAGCCCACAUUGGACGUUGAACUCGAGGACAACGACGGGCUGUUAGCCGAGGUGCUUGAAGGUGACCCUGCUGCGCUGCUUGUCGCCGGGAGCAGUGUGGCGGCGUUGGCAGUUGGACUAUCAGAUGCAAAGCUGCUGAGCGAGCUACUACUCGACGCAGUACCGCUGGAAGGCCCUGUUGUACUACUGCUUGUGGGAAGCAGCGUGGCGGCGUUCGUCGUUUGGCUGGCUGACGAUGAUGUGCUUAAGGUGAUUGACGAGGAGCUACUGGGCGGCGUUGAAAUACUGCUGGACCUGCUCGUCGAAGCGCUAGAAACCGUAGGUACCAAUGUGGCAGGGUCGACAGACACACUGGAAGAAGUAGAGCCAGUAGAUGAUGGGAUGGGUGACGAUAAGUCAGUUGACGAGAAGCUGCCGAAAAGGCCGCUUGAAGACGACGUCGGUUGGGAAACAGGGCUACUGAUCGACGAUGUGGAAGAAGCCAAUAUCGAGCUAGAGGAACUUGAGCUCUGGCCCGCUGAGGUGCUGCUUGAUGUCGAAAGCAACGUAGCAGCAUUCGAGGUCGGGGUUGUGGAGGAAGAAUCGCUUAACAAGAGGCUGGAUGCAAUCUGCGUCGAUGAUAUGUUCGCGGUCGCCGAUAAGCCCUGA